AUGGAAAAUUUCCAUUAUCAACCCAUCGUGGCUCCCGAUGAGAUCAGGAUGCUCGAGCUUAGUCCCGGUGCUACCUCAGAUCCCAUUCAAGUUCGCCUCAUCCAUAAGCCCCUCUCGCACAUGCCACAAUGCAUCGCACUGAGCUACGAAUGGGGCUCGCCAACUCGAGACUUCGAAAUAAUCUGUGAUGGGGCCCUCCUCAAAGUCACGAAGAAUCUUGUCACAGCCCUCAAAAGACUCCGUACCUUACAUGUGGCUGGCGAGAAUCUCGAAACAGGGAAGCUAAACAUCACAGAGCGGACGCUAUUUUGGGUCGAUGCAAUUUCAAUCAACCAAGAGGAUUUGGAUGAGCGAUCUGAGCAAGUCCCUCUCAUGAGCUCCAUCUUCAAGAAUGCAUCUUGGGUCAUAGUCUGGCUUGGCGAAGAACGUGCCGGGACAUCAGCCGCAUGGAACUUGAUGAUACCAUUGAGCGAGCAGGCCGAUAAGUUCGAUGACUUGGUAAACGACGAUAACAAAGAUAGAUAUGAGUCUAUGAUCGUGGGCUCUGACUUGCUCCUUAAGGACCUCCCACAACAUCCGGCCUGGGGCGAUAUCAUGGAUAUCUUCGCUUCAAGAACUAAGGACAUUCCAUUACCAAAGAAAAAUUUUGAAGCUGUGCUGGUGGCGUCAUUACAUGUCCUUGUUACGGACCAGAGAGAUCGCGUGUUGGGAGUUUUGGGGCUAUUUGACGAGGAUACCCGCUCGAUGUUCGCCAAUGUGGGGUAUCACAACACCCCAGGGGAGAUUUCCAGAAUAGCAACGGAAGCUAUGAUGGAUGGUGGUAAAGGAUUAAACUACCUCCUAUGGAUACCCGCCGUGCCUCCAAGUUUCGAGGCCAGUACGCAAGAGUCAGAGCUUCCUUCUUGGGUAUGGAUGUUGGAGUACCGGCGAACUGAAGACCAUUUCCUUCACAACGGCAUGAAAAAUCGUCUCCAGAACUUCCUCUACGUUAAGUCCAAGCCGACAUAUCAAAUCCAAGGAGACGAAAUUCUUACCCAGGGUAUGAUAUUCGAUACCGUCACAGUCGCGUACCCUAAUAUUUCGCCCGAGAACUUCGAGGGAUUGGUGUUAGAUAUACAAUUUUCCCAUGAAGUUAUGGUAGAACAAACCUCGUCGACGAAGUCCGCUUCCGAACGUACAGUCGAUAGGCUUCGGAGCCUAUAUUUUCGAACGGCUAGGAACUUCAAUGGGGAGCCUUAUCCUCCUGAUCAAUACGAUGGUUGGAUAGCUCGUAUCAUGCUCCGGGGUUGGGAACGAGAAAGAAGCACAGUUAAGAAUGACUCUUACAGAGGACUUGAUGUUUCUGUUUUGAGACAGCAGGCGGCUUUGGGUCAUGAGCAUCUUGAUGGUUCCGUGAUAGAUAAGAUACUGCGACAUGACCAAGACGGGAAACUCACAGGAGAAGGACGGAAUAUUUUUGUCACUUCUAAGGUUAUUAUGGACUCGGAGUAUUUGGGCCGAAUGGGCAGGGAUGCAAGUCUGCUGUACAGAUUGGCGACAAGAUUGUGGUUUUGCCUGGGGUUGAGCACCCUGUGGUGCUUCGUGGUUGUGAGAACUCCAAGUAUAAACUGGUGGGACCGGCUCUCAUUCCUGAGAUUGAGAUUAAUGAGGCGCUCCAGGAGAAGGUUCUAG